AUGGAAAGCAGAGAAGAGGCGUUGAUGUACUUGUGCUACGUUUGUAACGUAGUUUCCCCGCUGCGGCCAAGUAGUGGACUUUUACUCCGUCCUAUCAGCAUGAGCAUCGCCAUCGAACAUAACAAGCUUUGGGAUUGGGCACUCCAAACAAAUGACGAUUUCAUUAACGUCGUGGAAGAUGCAACACAUUUUGAAGUUGACCUGGAUGCAAAGUACUUUUCACCAAAAGAAAUCAAGGUGAGAACUAUGGGCGAUCUUUUGCAAAUCCAAAUGGAACAUGAUGAGCGCGAUAACGGUGCCAUGGAUGUAAAUAGAAGCAUAUCAAGGUGCUAUAAGCUACCAGUAGGAGUCAAUGUUCAAACUCUGAAGAGCAAUCUCACCAGAAAGGGUAUUUUGCACAUUACCGGACAGAAAGUGUAAAUUUGGAUCGAAACUGUACAUAGUGUGUACAAAACUAUGAUUGUAAUUUUAUUUUUCAGUCCUGUGUUCCUUCGGGUUUAUUUUAAUUAUUAUAUUUGCUACUGCAGCAACAGUAAUGUAUAUAUACUUUUAUCAUGCU